CGUUACUUCCGUAUUUCGUGGUUCGGAUGGAUACGUAGUACGUAUGAAUGACAAAUGUACAUGGAUUCUUUCCACAUUUACCAAGUGAAUGGUUAAACCUCAUCUUUUUCCCAUUCACAAUUGGGCGGAACCAAGAUUGGCAACGACAUAAAAAGUUGAGGUGAGCAUCGAAUCACGCCUGAUUCCCACCGCCAACUGCCAAUUGCCAUCUGCCAACCACCGCUGUUCUUGUUGUGUGGCUGGGUCGGAUCCAGCUAUCUUACAGCAGGAAGAACAGGCAGACAGAUUACUUCACUGCCUCAACACAAUAUAACCACAACUUCUUCCUCAUUCCUUUUUCCUAAUAAAUGGCAAUGUUGCAGAUAAACUGGGAGUAAUUCACUUACUAGUCACCACCAAUUACUACUAACUUUAAAAAUGGCUGGAAUUGAGCAGCUAGAAAUUCACAGCAAGUCCUAUAUUGUGCGAUGGGUCAAAGUUGACGAAGGCCAAACGAUCUCGUGGAGUGUCCAGCCCCAUAAGAAGUCAAUUAACUUCGGCAUCGUAAAACACCCCGGCUCCGGCGCAACGAAUAAUAGCUCAACCUUGGACAGCUUGAACGCCUCGGUUGAACAUGUCGAUGGUAGUGGAAGUCAAGGGAAGAAAGGCUUUGGCAAGAAAGAUGCUAGUACUGCACAAGAACAACUAGCCAAUAAGGGGUUCAUUCCUAUAAAAUGGCUCGGCAAAUGCGAAGCAGACAAAGUAUCUAUGGGAACAUGGGACGUCCUGAAGUCCCAUGGAGGAAUGUACGGUUUAAUAUUCGACAACACCUUCUCGAAACAAACCUCCAAGACGGCAACAUUUGUGCUCCUUACCUAUCCUACCGGCGCUCCACCACAGGGAGCCCACUAUCUUCCAAAUCUCCAAGGCGGCUCCCAUUCAAACUCGAGCAGGACUAGUCUAGGAAAGCAUAGUCCAAGUCAAGGGAUCACUGCAGCCGAUUCUACCGAGAGCCUACCAAAUCAUACCGGCCGAGGUCAACGGGCCAAAUCGAUAAGUGCUCGUAGUGACGGAACGGUAACUUCGUCUACAUAUACGGGCAUUCUUCUAAAAAGAAGGAGGAAGAAGGGCCAGGGUUAUGCCCGUAGAUUCUUUUCCCUGGACUAUUCAUCCUGUACGAUGUCAUAUUAUCACAAUAGGCAAUCCUCUGCACUUAGAGGCGCAAUUCCGCUUAGUCUUGCGGCAAUCGCCGCAGACGAACGGAGGAGAGAGAUAAACAUUGAUUCCGGUGCUGAGAUCUGGCAUCUACGAGCGGCCAGUGCCAAGGAAUUCAACGAAUGGGCGCACGCUUUAGAAAAGGCUAGCAGGAUCGCAAGGGGUUUGGACCCGGUGCACGAGGAGUCUGCUCCUGAACAACUUACCGUAGCUACUCCGUCGCAACCCAAUCCCAACCCAUCUCACAUGAACCACGAAGAGGACCGAGAAUGGCAACAAGUCGAAACCUUGGUCAGUCGCAUUGUUGGCACGCGAGAUGCUCUGCGCCGUUUAGUUAAGGACACGGCGGCACAAAAACAACCGCCACGCCCCGAGAGUUCGCACCUGUCACAAGCGUCGCCGGCAAUGUCGGAGAAUAGCGACGGCUAUUUUGCCCCAGCAGCGCCGGCAACACAAGAUAAACGCCCGUUCUGGAAACGCAAGCCGAGUGCUUCACCCCUAGCGCCAGAUACAAUGACGCCACCCCUCUCUUCGGCAUUGGCUGUUCCCACACCGGGAUCGGUAGGUGCAGUGAAGCCGAAUGGAAUGCGAAAGUCUAGUAACCCUGAACAAGGAAGUGAUAAGACGCAUGAACACUGCACGGCACUUCUUAACGAUCUAGAUUCGGUUGUUACGGAGUUUACUAAGGUACUUGCUAAUAGUAAAAGAAGACGUAUUCCAAUCCCCGCUUCUGCUACAUCUAGGAAGAGUUUUGAAUCGACGGCGUCAACUGAUGAGUUCUUUGAUGCCGAGGGUGGCGAGAUGGAAAGUAGGCCCCAAGUCAUGAUGAUUGACCGUCAUGGGAGCGACGAAGAUUCCCAUGGAUCGGAAGCUGACGAAGCUACAAUCGAUGAUUCUUCCUCCGUCUCAACCAUACAGGAGGAAGAAGAUACCGCCGGAGCCAGCGGUGCCGCGGCUUUAUUCCCUAUAAGGCCUAAAUCUUUGCAUCCGUUACCCGUUGACAUUGCGGUCGACCGCCGAAAGACCAUCCCUCCAGCCACUGUACCUCCACCAAGCCUGAUCGCCUUCUUCCGCAAGAACGUAGGCAAGGAUCUAAGCACGAUCAGUAUGCCGGUUUCUUCCAAUGAGCCCAUCUCUGCUCUCCAGCGGGUUGCAGAACAGCUAGAAUAUGCUCAACUUCUGGACAAAGCAUCGCAGCAAAAGUCCCCGAAGGACCGUCUAUUACUUGUCACAGCCUUUGCCAUUUCGCACUUCAGCGUCAACCGUAUCAAGGAGCGCGCUAUGCGUAAACCUUUCAAUCCUCUAUUAGGUGAAACUUUUGAAUUGCUUCGAACCGAAAGCGAAGUGCCUGGAGGAUUCAGGCUUUUAGUUGAAAAGGUCACACAUCGACCGGUUCGACUUGCUAUGCAUGCAGAUGCGGCGUCCUGGUCAUUGACGCAGAGCCCUGCUCCGUCUCAAAAGUUCUGGGGCAAGAGUGCAGAGUUGAAUACCGAAGGAAGAGUUCGUCUAGCGCUACGAUUACUAGAUGGCACCGACGAACUCUAUUCAUGGAAUAUGGCUACCAUGUUUUUACGAAAUGUCGUCAUGGGUGAAAAGUACGUUGAGCCGGUCGGGAUAAUGACGGUUUCCAACGACUCUACAGGGGCAAAGGCCAACAUUGAAUUCAAAACCAAGGGCAUGUUUGGCGGUCGAAGCGAAGAGGUCGAGGUCGAUUGCUGCGAUGCAAGCGGCUCCUCAAUGGGAGCUGGCCUCACAGGCAACUGGACCACGUCACUCUACGUCGUGGAAGGCGGCAAACCAACUAAAAAUGAAAUAUGGAAGGCUGGCCAAGUUGUUCCCAACGCGCCAAAUACUUAUGGCCUGACCACAUUCAGCGCCACACUCAACGAGACAACACCGAUUGAGAAGGGCCGGCUUCCGCCUACGGAUACCCGAUUACGUCCUGACCAACGCUUGGCGGAAGAGGGCAGACUCGACGAAGCUGAGGAGUCGAAGGUUCUACUCGAAGAAGCGCAACGCGCGAGGAGAAGAGAUUUGGAGGAAUCAGGCGAACAAUACAAGCCGAAGUGGUUUGUUAAGGUACCGGAGGCGCCUGAUGGAGAGGAAUUGUGGAAGUUGAAGCUUGGUAAGGAAGGCUACUGGGAAGAGAGAGCCAAGGGGGAGUGGAAGGGCGUCGAACGUAUAUUCGAUGUGUCGUCCUAGUUGGCUAGAAAAUCUGGUCCUGUUUAUGAUGAUAGCUGAUGACGUUGUUUCGUACGAGACUGCACGAUGUGACGAGGUUGCCCGAAUAGAAGCUCUUAACGGGCUGGGAUUCGCGAGGCAUAUAAAAUGGGUGAAUAGAAGGGCUGCGUUCCCGCCAAUUAGAUCUAUAAAUUCUGUUUAGCGAGUAUAUCGCGAUUUAAUCCAAAUUUUUAGAAAUA